ACAUUGCAAGUUUGAGAAUGUUUCUGUAAAAUGAAAAGGAAAGAACCUGCUUCUCCGGACAAGAUAACAGAAGAACCAAGCAACACCGAUAAAAUUAUGAAUCCACAAAAAACCAGCCGCACUGAGUCUGGUAAAAAAGAGGAAAAAUACGACAGACAAAUUCGAUUGUGGGGACUGAACGGACAGAAAGAUUUAGAAAAUGCCAACAUAUGUUUAAUCAACGUUACUGCCGCGGGCACGGAAGCCCUCAAAUGUUUAAUUUUACCUGGUGUUGGUCGCUAUUCUAUUGUUGACAAUACCGUCAUAACUGUAGAAGAUGUUGGUAAUAAUUUCUUUUUUGACAGCUUUUCUCUCGGAAAAUCGAAGGCUCAGAUUGCAUGUGAAUUGGUGCAGGAAUUGAAUGAAGAUAGCGUUGGUCAUUUUUAUCAGAAAGAUCCAAUUGAGCUGCUGAAUAACGAUCCAGAGUUUUUCAAGAAGUUUACUGUGGUAAUAUGUUCUCGUGUGUCGGAACACGGGCUUUUAAAACUGGGAAAUUUUUUGUGGCAUGCUCAUGUGCCACUGGUAGUUUGCGAUAAUUUUGGUUAUUUCGGUAUAUUGAGGAUCGUCGUAAAGGAGCACAUAGUCAUUGAAGCUCACCCGGACAAUGCUUUUGAGGAUUUUAGGCUCGACUGUCCAUUUCCAGAACUUGUUAGAUACAUGGAUGCCAUCAAGUUGGAAGAAAUGAGUAAACUAGAGCAUUCUCAUACACCGUAUUUAGUUUUGCUGUAUAAAUAUUUGGAGAAAUGGAGAAAAGCCAAUAAUUCACAAUGGCCCAAAUCUUAUCAGGAAAAACGGGUAAUAAAACAGAUGUUGCAGGAAGGUGUAUUGAAAAAUGACGAUGGGAUAGAGUUUACCGAAGAAAACUUCGACGAGGCAAUUAGAAAUGUCAACAUAGCUUAUACUGCCACAGGAAUACCAGAUGAUAUCCGUAAGAUUUUAAAGGAUACCAUGGCUAACCAUCCGUUACAGUCUGAGGUGAAUUCAAAAUUUUGGAUUUUAAUUCGUUCUCUUAAAGAAUUUGUAAAUCAAAAAGGAAUGCUGCCUUUGCGAGGUACUCUUCCGGACAUGUUCUCCGAUUCAAAGCGAUAUAUCGAGUUACAGAAUUUAUACAAAACAAAAGCUGACGAAGACAUAGCGUUGGUGGAAAGUUUCGUGCGUGAAGCAUUGAGUGACUUGCAAUUGCCGGCGUCGUUUGUUUCCUUUGACGACAUCAAGUUAUUAUGCAAGAAUGCUUUUUUCUUGAAAGUUCAAAGAGGACUUUCCGUACAUGAUGAGCUAAAACAAGACCCGUGCGCACAUAAAAUAAACGGCAGUCUCCAAUCAAUGCCUCCUUUUGCAGUUGAUAUUUAUCUUCUCUUCCGCGCUAUUAUGCGAUUAUUUGACGACAAAGUUGGCGACCGGUACAACCUAUCAAGUAUGAAAGGUUUCGAAAAGUUAAAGAAACUAUUGAGCGAUGUGAUACAAGAUAUUCGAUGUGAUGUAGCAGUUCCACAGAUGUAUUUGGAAGAAAUACUUAGGUGCAACGUAAGUGAAUUUCACACAACCGCCUCCAUAUUAGGCGGAGUCUGCUCGCAAGAAGUGAUCAAAAUUAUCACAAAACAAUUUGUGCCUAUCGACGAUAUUUUUGUUUACGACGGGAUAUCGCAACAGACAGCAUCGAUGAAGUUGUAAACAUUCCGCAAUAGUUUAUUUCAUAAUUCGUUAUCAGAAAUGUUGUGAUCUAAAGAUUGAAAAAAUAGAUGUAUCCAACCUUUUUUAAUAAAAAUAUACUCUCUUUCAUAGAA